UCUAGUUCCAAUUCUCUUUCACGCAGCUGCGCUUCCCUCUAAGCCCCAUUCAUUCGUGCACUCACUCACAGAACCAACUGCACCCAUUUCCAUCACCAGACAAUCAACUCCUCCUUCAAUUUCCAUCCCACAAUCUUUCAGAACCAGUCCUAAUCCCAUUUUCACCUUCAUCCUAUCUCCUAUCUCUUGUCCAUACAAUCGCAACCGUCAAAAUGGCCACUGAUCGUGAGAGUAAAACUUUCCUUGCGCGCCUCUGUGAGCAGGCCGAGCGAUACGAUGAGAUGGUUUCAUACAUGAAAGAGGUUGCCAACAUGGGCGGGGAACUCUCUGUCGACGAGCGAAACCUUCUUUCCGUUGCCUACAAGAACGUUGUGGGAACCAGACGUGCUUCCUGGCGCAUCAUCUCCUCCAUUGAGCAGAAGGAAGAAUCCAAGGGCUCUGAGAAACACGUUGGCAUCAUCCGCGAAUACCGCCAGAAGAUUGAGAGCGAACUCGAGAAAGUCUGCCAAGAUGUCCUCGACGUCCUGGAUCAAGCUCUCAUUCCAAAGGCCGAGUCGGGGGAGUCCAAGGUCUUCUACCACAAGAUGAAGGGAGACUACCACCGAUAUCUUGCUGAGUUCGCUUCCGGUGAGAAGCGCAAGGUUGCUGCUACUGCUGCCCAUGAGGCUUACAAGAAUGCCACCGACGUUGCACAGACCGAACUCACCCCAACACAUCCCAUCCGUCUUGGUCUCGCGCUCAACUUCAGUGUCUUCUACUACGAGAUCUUGAAUUCUCCCGACCGCGCAUGCCACCUCGCCAAGCAAGCUUUCGACGAUGCCAUUGCUGAGCUCGACUCGCUCUCGGAGGAGUCCUACCGUGACAGCACUCUCAUCAUGCAGUUGCUUCGAGACAACCUGACGCUCUGGACGUCUUCCGACGGUGGUGAAGGUGAAGCUGGCGCAGCCGGCGACGCACCCAAGGAAGACAAGCCUGCGGAAGCUGCUCCACCAGCAGAAGGUGCUGAGAAGCCAGACGCUGCCCCUCCUUCCUAGAGAAUGCCAGUCGAGAGGAGCGGUGCAUUCCCUCGACAUCUGGAGACUCUUGCUUACGGCACUUGACGUUUUGUGGCAGGGUUGUUACUCAAAUGGCAGUAUUUACACCGCUGGGCUUGUGAGAAGGGUUUUCUCGGGUUUAGCACCGGAUGGCGCGUGAAGUGAUUUGUUCCACGGCCCAAUAAGGCAGAGCAAGCCACCCUGAAGAGCAGGGUCAAUCUUUUCCCAAACAUCACCGUUCCCCUCUACAUCAAAUGCGAUUCAAAGACAUCAUUGUGUUUUGCUUUUCGUUUCCUACGAUACCACUUAGCCUUAGCUCUGGCGGACGGAUGAGUGGAUUAGCAAGCGUGGAAGGUCCCAAUGGCACUCGCGUUAUCUUUGCUCAAUA